AAGAACUGAAUUUCAACUAUGUCUUGCUGGGUAAAUUUCAGGCCGACAGUUUGGAGGAAAGGUUCGGACAGUACCGUCGGCUCUCUGGAACAAAUUAUCACAUAUCAAUACAGCAAGUCUUCGAGUCAGAAAAGAAGCUGAGGCUACAAGACAGUUUGGUUUUGCCCGAUAUGCAGGAAAUACAGAAGCCAUGUGCUAUAACAUUUGACGGAGCUCAACUGGCACAGGAGUACGGUGUUAAGAUAUCAGACUGUGAUAUAAAAAAUAAGGAGCCCAAUUUGGCAGUAAUUACGUACAUUGCAGGAUUUUGUGCACACGCCGCAUUAAAGAAGCUGCCUUGUGAGUAUUGUGCCAUGAAUAUUACAUCUCAGGACUGGGAAAUUCAGCUUGAGAGAAAUGUCCUGAUUGAAAACCUCUCGAGAGACGCUCUGAAGUUUCCCCAGCCGACUGUCAUUAAUGCAGUUCUACACGCCCACAUUGUCUUGGAACAGCUUACCAGCAAAGAGAAUGCCUCACGUUUUCAUGCAACUCCUAAACAGAGGGAGGUCCUUGUGUCUAUCACAAGGCACCUUUGCGAAUGUGAGGAUUUUGAUGUCUGUACCAAUGGUCAUCACCCUGACACUGUGCUGACUAAUAUACUUGUGGCAGCAGCAAACACCCUUCUGAAAAACUACGUUCAGAUGGAGACAGAUAUUUUGAACACUAAAAAACAACGCAGUCACAGCAAAGGAAGCUGCAGAAGUUUUCAAAAUGAACAGGAAGUUUUUGUGCGUUCUAUGUACAUUGCAAAUCGUUGUCGACUGCAGAGCAUCAACGGAGGCUUAUCAAGUGGCCUGCGACCGGUGUGA